UCCGCCCACAAACACAACUGACUCUGCGAGUCUGCGGCCAUUCAGCAGUGUUUAACGCUAGUACUGUCAGUAGGUAGACACAAGUGUCCCCAUAUCAUGACUUCCCCUCUGGAGAAACCCCAGAUCAUUGCUCACGUGCAAAAGUCCGUGAACUACACUCUAUUUGAUUGCAAAUGGAUCCCAAGCAGUGCCAAGUUCGUGUGUUUGGGAAACCUGGCACGGGGCAAUGGGGUUAUGCAGAUCUACGAGAUACAACACGGGGAAGCCAAGCUGGUAAAGGAGAUUGAAAAGCCGAAACCUCUAAAAUGUGGAACGUUUGGAGCAAGCACACUGCAGCAAAGAUAUUUAGCCACUGGUGAUUUUGGUGGAAAUCUCAAUGUUUGGAAUCUGGAAGCUGCUGAUGUUCCGGUGUAUUCUGUGCAAGCUCACAAGGAAAUAAUAAACUGUAUAGAUGGAGUGGGUGGCUUAGGAAUUGGUGACGGAGCACCAGAAAUUGUGACUGGAAGCCGUGAUGGGACCGUAAAAGUUUGGGACACAAGGCAGAAGGAUACACCAGUUGCUAAUAUGGAACCAGUAGAAGGAGAAACCAAAAGAGAUUGCUGGACAGUGACAUUUGGCAAUGCUUACAAUCAGCAAGAGCGGGUAGUCUGUGCUGGAUAUGACAAUGGGGACAUUAAACUAUUUGACCUUCGCAACAUGUCACUAAGAUGGGAAACCAAUAUUAAAAAUGGGGUGUGCAGUUUGGAGUUUGACAGAAAGGACAUCAUUAUGAAUAAAUUGGUUGCCACUUCACUGGAAGGCAAAUUUCAUGUUUUUGACAUGAGGACCCAGCAUCCUACAAAAGGAUUUGCAUCUGUCUCAGAAAAGGCUCAUAAAUCUACAAUAUGGCAAGUACGACAUUUGCCCCAGAACAGAGAUGUCUUCAUGACGACCGGUGGUGGUGGAAAUAUCCAUCUUUGGAAAUAUGAAUAUCCUGCUCAACGAUCAAAAAAAGACUCAGAUGGUGUUGAUAUGGGAGUUGCUGGAUCAGUGAGUCUUCUACAGAAUGUGACUCUGUCAACACAGCCUAUUUCUAGCUUAGACUGGAGCCCAGACAAGAAGGGACUAUGUGUUUCCACAUCAUUUGACCAGACUGUGCGAGUACUGAUAGUCACCAAGUUGAAUAAACUUUGAUACACCUGUUCUAAAGAAGAGCUCAUGUCCUCAAUAACAUGGAGCCAGGUUUACUUUUUAUAAAAGGUUCUGUUUCACUGUUGCAGUGACCAGAAAAUAUCUGACUUUAAAUGAUUUAACAGAACUAAGAUAAUGGGGAAUCUUUUUGUGAACAUCAAGAAAAAUGCCAUAUUUUAAUAUAUUGUAUACUCUAUAAAUAAAAUCCCACUUUGUAUUAUA